AUGGCAGGUUUUCUUCGAUACGUGAGUGUGCAGAUGGUGAUCGCCGACAACGGCGGCGCUCCUUUUCCUCCGUACCGUUCCCAAUUUUUUCCCUCAAAAUUUCUAAAUGGUUAUGGUUAUACUUCCGGCGUUCCUUUCCAAUUUUAUUCAAAUGGUUAUGGUUAUAGCAGCGGUGUUCCUGUGAGUCCUUUAAGCCGUUCCCAAUUUUAUCCGAAUAACCAAGUCUGGCAGGAGGAGGAGUAUAGCGAAGAAGUAGAAUUAGAUGUGGAGGAGGUGAAGGAAGAUUCUGAAAAUAAGGCUCUGCAGAAAUGCUGUAAAUUCCUGGCGGACUGGUUUCAUCGAUUCUAUGCCAACCUUAACCACUUUAAACAAUUCCUUGCCGACUGGUUUCAUCAAUUCUAUGACAACUUUGACUUUAAACAAUUCCUUUGCAACUUGGAACACCAUAUGAAUAGAUCUACUGUGUUCCUGGAGCAUAGCGCUGAAUUCAUGGCCAGCUUGAACCGGAUUAUGGAAGAAUGGAAUGGUAUGAAGGCAAAUUAUAGAACACAUGGAGCGGCAAAAGAUUCUUAUCAUUGUUAUUAUUAUUAUGAUUGUAAUAGAGACGAUCUUGUGAGUUCUCGUCGUCCCGAAUGUUGUCCGUGCAUUCGAUUUCGAAGGCGUCCCAAUCGACGAAUAGGAGUGGAGCAGAAAUGCUGCCAAUGCUGCAAAUUAUGUUACCCCUCAAGAGAUGAGGCGAAUAAUAGAACACAGAAGAAGACACAGAAGAAGACGCUAGGAGAUUCUUAUCAUUGUUAUUAUUAUUAUUAUUAUUAUUACCAUUAUGAUGCUUAUGGCCGCAUCCAUACCCGCCUCUAUCGUGGACUCCCUCUUUGGAAAUGUCCGUGCAUUGAAUAUCGAAGACGUGAUUCUCUGAGGGAUCCAAUUCAUCGAGUCCGGCUGAAAGAAGUGAUGCAGAAAUGCUGCGAAUGCUGCAAAUUAUGUAAUAUCCCAGGAAGGAAAAAACCUCAUUCAACAAUUUAA